UGCGUGCAGCGUUAGCAAUAUCGACCUGGUUCGCAACUGCCGUGCAAUCUCCACGCACUGCGACGAAGGACCCCGCGUAUUACACAGAGCAGGCGUAGAGCCACGUCUCGCCUGGUUUUCAGUCGGUCCAGAUUCGCGACCCAGAUUCCAGAGAAAACGAACCUGGCUGCAAAUACUGCAUCCAGAUUGCCCCAUUGCUUGUUGACGCGCCGCGCUACGCUCCACGUUGGGCUGAGUUUGCCACGCAGCAAAAUCCUUGUCCAGUAGCCGCGUCUCGUCCAUGCCCCAGACCUUCUUCCGGAGAUAAGAAGAAGCAUCCAAGAUACCAGCGGCGUUGGCAGCGUGCUCUUGCAGCAACCAUAGCCGGUACUGGUACUGUAGCUAGCUGGUAGCUACCGAAUUGGCGGGCUAUCGGAGCUGUCGCUUCUAGCUUCGGGCUAUAUUCAGAAUCCAAUGCAAAUCCUCGGAGGACUCGGGUUCCAAAGUUCUGUGAUAUUGAUUUUGAAAACACUGUUUCGCAAAAGCGCAUAAAAACAGUGUUUGGGCGGAUACGCUGUUUCCAUACCGAGAAAAACGCGUUGAAAGACGCGUUUUAGUCGACGCAGAAGGAUUUCCUUUGGAUUGACGAGCGAUGGCGACGAAGCAGGCGAAGAAGCAGAUCACGCAGGAGACGUUCAACGACUGCGUGCGCGAGAACAUGGACGAGUUCGAGAUGGACGAAGACGAAGCUGUCGAUGAUGCCAUCAAGCAGUUCGAGUCCCAAGGCGUCGACUUGAGCUCGAUCGUCAAGGCGCUGACCACGUCGGUCGUGCAUCCGGUCGUCGUCGCCCUCGAAUCGUUGCGCGCGCUCGCCGCCGAUGCUGAUGUCGUCGCGCUGGACCAAGCGCUACCGCAUUACACGAUCCUCCUCACGCAUUUUCGCGCGGCCGAUGCGGCGGCGGCGACGAGCGCCAAAGAGAUGGCUGGCCGCAACGACGGCACGACCGUGCUCCUGGGCCUCUUGCAGGGCAGCGUUGACCAUAGCAUGCAGAUGCAGACGCUAGUCGUGCUUCACGCGAUGGUCAACGGUGUCAAGGACAACCAAGACUUUGUCGGCGUCGACGGUAUUCUGCAGUUGCAGGCGCUUGCGGCGCCGACGGCCGCGACGCCGGUCCAGAACGCCGCCCUCGCCGCGCUCAAGACCAUUUGCGCCAAGCACGAGAGCAACAAGAAGCACCUCAACCCCGCCGGGAUCCGCCUCCUCAUGUCGCUCCUCGAGACGCGGAAGGAGUCGACCGACACCAAGCACAUUGGCGACCUCAUCCGCACGCUCACCAUCAACGACGAUCCGACAGCCAUGUUUUCCCAGGCCCACGACAUUGUCAAGCUCUUCGUGGACGAGUCGCUCAUCCCGAUGACCUUUGAGCACAUAAGUGUGGUCGCGUCGGACGCCGACACGGUCGCGGUCUGGCUCGCUGUGCUCAAGCAACUCGCGGUGACCGAAGACAACUGCCGCAAGAUCGUCGACAGCGGCGCGUUGGACCUUGUGCCCAACCUCCAGGCGACCCAUGCCAAGCACCGCGGCGUCAUCAAGCACAGCCUCGGGCUCUUGCGCAACAUUGCCGGUGUCGACGAGUACAAGCACGUGGUCACGACCAUGGUGCCCAGCAUCCUAGCGACGAUGCAGGAGCAUGCUAGUGACGUUGGCAUCCAGACCAUGGCCUGCGCGACGAUCGCGGCCGUGUGCCUCCGCUCGCCGGUCAACUGCCAGAAGGUCGUCAGUCUCCGCGCCCACGUCUGGGUCGCCACGGCCAUGGCGUCCUUUCCCGGUCUUCCGUCGCUGCUUCGCCAAGCCAGUCUCGCCCUUCGCAAUAUGGUCGUGCGGAACGAGGAGCUUCGGCCGCUCGUGCUGGAAGAGCCGCUGGUUGAACUCAUGCUGCGCCACGCCAUGCCCCUGCGUGGGUGCGGUGACGAGGCGUACGCGGCGCUGCGCGACCUUGGCUGCGAUAUCCCACUGGCCGCGAUUACGCAGCAAGGCUCUUGCAACUUCAACCCGACCAUGGACACGAGCAACAUGCUGCAGUCGUCGGUCGCUGCCAACGCGCGGGCGCCCUUCCCCAUGUAGCUAGAGCGAAAUAUGUGCUGAUGUGCUGCAUGUUUCAAUGUAUAAAUCUAUCGACGGGCUUUACGACAUGGCGGCCCAGCUCUGCUCUACAAUCUCGC